AUGACCACUCCUUCGAACGAUCCGGCCUCGCGCACCCCUACGGCUCCAAAUGGAGCUCCUCCCAUGAGAAUUCGCCGCCCUCGAGCAGCGGACCCCCUUGUCCGUCCGAAACGAAAGCCCGUCGCGAGACCGCCGGGUUCUACGGCGCCUGGAACCGCCUCGGUCGCCAAACCCGCCCCGUCGCGCCCGGUGGCGCCUCCAACAUCUCGACCCGAACGAGGUAUCUUGCCCCCAUCCGAGAACAAAUUUGGCGCGAACGGGUUCAGUGGUCCCUUGCUAUCGGAAACGUACGUGGACUAUCCGCUGGUGACUACGAAACGAGCUCUGCGCGAAGGCCUCAAACAUCACAUCGCACGAUUCGCGUCAAAGAAGAAUGUCGACCCUCGCGAUGAAUCCCAGUUUACUAGACCCGUCCGGCUACAACGUCGUGAUCCCCGCGCGCGACCCCACGAGAUGAAUGCCGAGAGGGGCCAGGGCAAAUCAUCCUUUGAAUCCAACCACCAGCUGGACGAAGCCGAGCGCGAGGAGUUGGAGGCAAGAAAGGCAGCGCGGGAGAAAGAGCGUGAAGAGAACCUAGCUCAAAUAGCUCCCGCCAUGGGACAGACUCAGAAACGAUCCAACGCGCCCAAACAGAAAACCCAGCAAGUCUCCAAGACCGAAAUGACGCCGGAAGAGAUCGCCAGGACCCGCAUCAAAUACGAAGAAGCCUUGCCAUGGCACUUGGAAGAUUUCGACAACAAGAAUAUCUGGGUUGGGAACUACGAAGCGGCUUUGUCAGAGACACACGCAGUCUUUGUCCUCGAGAACACAGGGAAGAUGAGGAUGAUUCCGGUCGAGAAGUGGUAUAGGUUCAACGCCAAGAACCAGUUCAAAGCGCUCACCAUCGAAGAGGCCGAGAAGUUCAUGGCGAAAAGAGUCAAGGAUCCUAGGUGGUUCAUGGAAAAGCAGCAAGAAAUGGCCCAGCGGAAAGAAUUGGAGCAGUUCGCCAAGCAGCGGAAGGUGUACGCUGGGAAGCAGGGCACCCCCGCGGCCGACGGGCUGGAAGCUGAUGAAAUGGACUUUGAGGAAGAUAGGUUUGCUGACGAUGAAGAACAUGACGAUCUGUUCAACGACGACGAAGAAACCAAGGCCGCCGAGAAGAGAAUCAAGCAAGACCAGCUGAAGGCCAAUGUCUUUGAUUUGAAAGACGAAAAGGAGUACGAGGAGGAAGAGUUAAGAGAGAAGAAGGAAAAGGAGGCCCGCCGAGUACUUGGAAAAAGUGUACGGAAAGCGCUGAAAAGGAGAGAGAAGAACUACGACUACAGUAGCGGCUCCGAUGCUAACCCUUACACGGACGAAGAGAGCACCGACGAGAGCGAAGCUGAGAGGCUUCGCGAGGAGGAAAGAAAGGCCGAAGAAGAGAAGAAACAAAAGGAGUCGGCAUCUUCUUCGAAGGGCAACAUCACGCCUUCCGGCCGGGCAAAGCAUACCGACGCUCUGAAGAAAGGCACUACCGCCGUAUCUCGGAAGCGAUUGGGCUCUCCGAAUGCUUCGGAUGCUAGUGGCACCGACACUUCGCGGAAACGCAAGAGUAAACAUAUUUCGUCCCAGCCGGCGACUCAGCCGAGCUCCCGUCCCAUGUCCCCUGCAGCAGGACCAUCCGCUCCCGCUGGCAAGAAACGUGUGCGCAACCUACCCGCUGGUGCCGGCUCUGAUGUGGACGGAGGCGCAGGGUCUGGCGCAGAGAUGAGCGAAAGUGGCAAGGCAAAGAAGCUGAAGCUGAACCCUCCAGGGGUCUCCCGUAGCGGAACGCCACAGGGCUCUAGGGCCGGCAGCCCAACCCCCUUGGCUAGCAGGAGUUUCUCGGGAAGCCGUGCCAGUAGCCCGGAGUCGAUGAGAGACUCGUGUCUCUACCCCGGGAGACGAAGACUUCCCUACCCCUGCCGAGAUUCAUGCUGCCAUUCCUCAAUCUGGAAUUGGAAGUAG